UGUUCUUGAUGCGUCCUUACUAGUUUCAUUUCAUUAGUCUCUCCUCAUGUCCCUAAACUGCAUGGGAUAAGCUAAAUAAUCCUCCAUGUGAAUGAAGACACUCAGACCAGCCAAGUACGCAAGAGAAGUGUUCUAGCAGCUCUAUUAAUUCAGAAAGUCUAUUGACUGUAACUCCUUACAAGUAACGUGGCUUUACCUAACUCAAUGGUGCAUUAGUUAUAGCUUAGCUACAGUUAGUUACCUUUUUGUUAUUCAGUUUCUCCUUUAUUUCAUCCUGUAUAUAAACACAAUUUGGUAUGAUCUUUGUUUAUCUGAUAUCAUUCUUUGAAUAAACUCUCUAGCCUUUCUUCUCUGUUCUUCCUCUCUCUGUUCAUCUCUUAGUUCUCUGUUCUUGCAACAGCAAACUUUUCUCUUGAUACUGCGAAUUGCUAUAUGGUAUCAGAGCCAAAGAGAUCACCAUGGCAUCAGAUCCAGUUAAUUUCUCAAACUCAAUGUCAUGCGAUUCAGAUCAGAAUCUUUCUUCAAUACAAUCAGGUGUCAAUUUUUCAUCUCUUGGGAAGCCACUACAUGUUGAAGAAUCCACAGGCAGCCCAGACAACUACCAAGUUUCAGAUUUUCAAUUCGAAGAAUACAUGAAGAAGAAGGCAAUUGACGUGAACAAAGCGCUAGAUGAGGCAGUUCCAUUACAGGAACCGGUAAAGAUUCACGAGGCUAUGAGGUACUCUCUUCUUCCUGGGGGAAAGCGUGUAAGACCGGUCCUGUGCAUCGCUUCCUGUGAGUUGGUGGGAGGAGAUGAGUUGCUGGCGAUCCCUAUGGCUUGUGCUGUGGAAAUGAUCCACGCCAUGUCACUUAUCCACGAUGACCUGCCAUGCAUGGACAACGAUGGCCUUCGGAGAGGCAAGCCCUCCAACCACAAGGCUUUUGGCGAAGCCAUGGCUAUUCUAGCUGGUGAUGCUCUCCUUUCCCUUGCUUUCGAGCAUGUAGCAGCGAGGACUGUUCAUGUUUCACCUGACCGGGUGGUUAGAGCAAUUGCUGAACUGGGUUCAGCGGUUGGGUCAGAAGGGCUUGUGGCGGGGCAAGUUGUGGACAUUUGUAGUGAAGGGAAGCAAGUGAAUUUGAAUGAGCUGGAAUACAUUCAUGUGCACAAAACAGCCAAGCUCCUGGAGGCUUCAGUAGUAUGUGGGGCGAUCAUGGGAGGAGGGAAUGUGAAUGAGGUGGAGAGGCUGAGGAAGUAUGCUAGGUGUAUUGGGUUGUUGUUUCAGGUGGUUGAUGAUGUUUUGGAUGCCACCAAGUCAUCGGAGGAGUUGGGGAAGACUGCAGGGAAGGAUUUGGCCACCAAUAAGGCGACCUAUACGAAGCUGAUGGGCCUGGACAAGGCUCAGAAGUUUGCCAGUGAACUCUUGACCAAAGCCAUGGAAGAGCUUCACUACUUCGACCCAAAAAAGGCUGCACCACUAUAUCACUUGGCUAACUACAUUGCUCAUAGACAAAAUUAGUCUAUUGUAAGAAUUGUUCUCUAUUUUGCUUGCUGGAAAGGGGGUGUAUAAUGUAUGUAAAAGUGGAACAAAUAUUUGUUAUCCAGUGCAUAUAAUGCAAGUAA